CCCGUCCCCGUCCCAGAUCCUUCCCGCGGCCUCCUUCCCUUCCCGCUUUCCCCAGGAGAAACAUGGCCGGGAGCAGUGAAGAGGCACCAGGCUACGGGCGAGGCGUAGUGAUUAUGGACAAUUGGCCAGGGUAUGACUUGAAUUUAUUCACGUACCCACAGCACUACUAUGGAGAUUUGGAAUAUGUCCUCAUACCUCAUGGCAUCAUUGUGGACAGAAUUGAGCGGCUGGCUAAGGAUAUUAUGAAAGACAUAGGAUACUGUGACAUUAUGGUCCUGUGUGUGCUAAAAGGAGGUUACAAGUUCUGUGCUGACCUGGUAGAACACCUUAAGAACAUCAGUCGAAACUCAGAUAGAUUUGUCUCUCUGAAGGUUGAUUUCAUCAGACUAAAAAGUUACAGGAACGACCAGUCCAUGGGCGAGAUGCAGAUAAUUGGAGGCCACGAUCUUUCAACACUGGCUGGGAAGAAUGUCCUUAUUGUUGAGGAUGUUGUUGGAACGGGAAGAACCAUGAAAGCGCUGCUCAGUAGCAUAGAGAAAUACAAGCCCAACAUGGUUAAGGUGGCCAGUUUGUUGGUGAAGAGAACACCUAGAAGUGAUGGCUUUAGACCUGACUAUGCUGGAUUUGAGAUUCCAAACUUAUUUGUGGUGGGUUAUGCCUUAGAUUACAAUGAAUACUUCAGAGAUCUGAAUCACAUAUGCGUGAUCAAUGAACACGGCAAAGAAAAGUAUCGAGUCUAAAGAAUUAAAUUCUCCCCAUCAAAUCUCCAGAUAACAUCACGCCUUACGACUGCACUCAGGAAGCCAGCAUGUAAAGUUUAUGUCCCCAGGCGUCUUCACUCAGCAGGAUAGAAAAGGAAAAAAAAAAUGUUUUAAUGAGAGAGCUUUCUUUUCUGAGAUUAUAAAAUAUAAAGAGUAUCAAAGGUUCUCAAGGAAAAGAAAGCAAUACGUUUAUUUGACUUGCUCCAAAUUAAACACUCCACCUUGUGACUAAGAGUUCUAUCUACCUUCACACUCCUGAGCCACACCUUCUUUUGUUUUGAUACAGUCAUUGUGCUCGAUUACUAUACCCCCACCUAGUUACUCAAAUAUUUCUACUUAACUUUUUAUAUAUCUAUAUACUCUAUUUUGGUAAUAUUUCACAAUCUUAAAGAACCAGGAAGCCGUUGAAGUUAAGCUCUGAAUCUAUAUACUGGAAACUAGAUUCCCAUACUAAAAAAGGAGGGAAAGGACAAUUUAAUAUAAAUUUCUGUUUGCGCUUUUCUGACAGGCCAUUAUUAUCUGCUUUGACAAAGCCUUUCUGAACUGCGGCAUACAAUGAAUCUUAAUGAUGUUAUGAAAUGAGGCUUUGCUCAGUGCUCUUUAUUGGAGCUUCCGGUGUGUAAUAACGGUAUGUCAUGUAUGCAUGGAUGUAUUCAACUGUGCUUAAUACUCCGAAUUUUAAUUAGAAAAAAAAACAAUGGCAGCAAGGCCCUGGUUUCUAAGUGGCAUCCUUUUAUUCCUGUGGGACAUGAGCAAAUGGCAGAAUUUGGGGGGAGGGGCAAGUGUUUUCAAUGCUCAAAACUAAGCAAGUAUAAAUUUUUCCUCUUAUUUGCACCAAAGGAAAAAACACUAUUAUGUAUUAUCCUAAACAGGAACACAGAGGUUGAAUUAUUAUUUUAAGUGGCCUUAUGAGACUGAGCGCACAAUCCAAGGCACUACAGAAAAAAAAGCAUACUUAACGUUUUUUUCUGAAUAACAUUUUUUUCCAUUUUCCCUGUUUUAUGAGAUGUUUUCUAAUUUAUGGGGACUUUAAUUGAAAAUAAACUUGAGUGCCAAUAGAGCUGUUUUUUCUCACUUCCUAAAAGGAGCAAAUGCAAAAUAAAUAAUUAAGUGGUCUUUGUUUGGUUCUGAACCAUAUGUGGCAUAUUGUUAUCAGGUUCUAGCUUCCUUUAAACUAAUAAAGAAUAAGAAACCUUGUUAUGUUUCAUAACU